UGAAUUGAACUUCAACAUUGGGAAUGUAUAUUAAUUGCCAAAAUAUAAAAUUGCAAAAUUUUCUGUUUAGGACUUUAAAAAAAAAAUACAAUCAAUACAAUACAAAAUACAUUAAAGGCGAAAACAUAAAAAGCGGUUCAUGGCUCAGAUUUAAUAUUUGACAGAAAAUAGCUACAAUGUCUUUUGAUGAAAAUGAUCUUAUGAAUCGAGAGUUCCUUGAAGAGAGGCAUAAUAUAUUGUUAAAUGAAUUAAAGCUAUUAUGUAACAAAUUACCUGAAACAUAUCAACAGAAAAUGACUGAUAGCUUUUUGUCAGAGUUAGCAAAUUCAUUGCUUGAUAAAACUGUGUUUGAUAUUGUGAAAAAUUUGAAGGACAUUCAAGUGAUGACUGAAAAUAAUUUAUUAGAAAGACGGAUGAAACUUAUAUAUUCACAUGAUGCUAUAAAAGAGAAAAUGAUCGAGCGCCAUAAAGAAGCAUUAGCAAAUGAAAUUAGGGUGAAUCCUAGGAAUGCAGAAGUACUCAGAGCAAGGCAAAUGGCUGAACUUGAGGCUGCAGACAAGCAUAAUGAGAAUGAACUGAAUCUUUUAGAUAUGAAAAUAAUUAUGGAAUUGGAUCAGACGGUCAGUGAUCAGCAAAUUACUUUGGAAAAAGUUGGAGUACCUGGUUUUUCUGUUACGAAUAAACCUGCUGAUGUUAAACUCCAAAUGUAUCUUCUAGAAUUUAUCACUAUUUUGAGUAUUAAAGAUGGAAUUGAAUAAGGAUCUUUGAAUGACAACUUGUGAAGGGUCCCUAAUUUAUUUUUAUAUUCUUAUAUUUAAGAGCUUUACAUUAUUUUAAAAGACAUCCUAAAUGUGUUCAAAAGUAUUUGUAUAAAUUGUUAUGAACUUUGUUGUUUGUGAUUCUGCUUUUCGCAUGU